ACUACUGGUGCUGGACUCGAUAAAGGAGCCUGUUGUGAUAUUGGCCAUUUAUCGUGCUUGUAUUUAUAAAGUUCGCGCUCUCCUUGACCGUUUCGAAGGCACAUUUCCAAUUUUGUAUGUGGAAUAGGCUGCGACAUGAUUUGAAUUCUGUAGCGUUUGGACAUCUCCUGCAGCGCGCGGAGACGAACACCUCCACUCAUUGGUCUCUAAAGAAUGGAAAAGAGUCUUCUGCCUGGACCAAACAACAUUGUGAUGGCCACCCCACCAAGUUCAUUCCAGCAGGAGCCGCUCACGCCUCCAAGAUCCUCGCUUAAGCCCAACCAAGUUGGGCAUGUCAUCCUCUACGGGGUGCCUAUUGUCUCACUGGUGAUUGACAAUCAAGAGCGCUUAUGCCUGGCUCAGAUAUCCAACACCCUGUUAAAGAACUACAGCUACAACGAGAUCCACAAUCGUCGAGUGGCUCUGGGCAUCACCUGCGUGCAGUGCACCCCGGUCCAGCUGGAGAUCCUGCGACGGGCGGGUGCCAUGCCCAUCUCCUCCCGCCGCUGCGGCAUGAUCACCAAACGGGAGGCAGAGCGGCUGUGCAAGUCUUUCCUGGGAGAGAACUCUCCACCCAAGCUGCCAGACAACUUCGCGUUCGACGUGACGCACGAAUGCGCUUGGGGCUCCCGGGGAAAUUUCAUCCCGGCGCGCUACAACAGCUCCCGGGCCAAAUGCAUCAAGUGCUCCUACUGUAAUAUGUACUUCUCCCCAAACAAAUUCAUCUUCCACUCGCACCGCACACCCGAGGCCAAGUACACGCAGCCGGACGCUGCCAACUUCAACUCCUGG